AAGGUAGCUUUUCAUUGCUAUUUUCUAUUCCUGUUUUCUUUCCUCCCAUAAAAUCCUGGUCCCAAACAAACCGUAGAAUAGUCGCUUACCCUCACUUCCUCUGUUUCUCCUCUCUGAAGACUUUCUUCCCGUACAACACUCUCAACGCCACCAACAAAUAAAACUUUGGGAGCUCUUGCCUCUCUUUCGGACUGUUUUUCUGAUUCUCAACAAGCCGUACAGAUUCGUAAAGGCCAAGACAGAUUGCCAUUUUUUUUUAAUUGCUUAUCAGGGAAAAAAUGACUCUAUCAGAGGACGAAAUUAAGAGGCUUUUCAGAAUACGAAAGACAGUCAUGCAAAUGCUCAAGGAUAGGGGUUAUCUCGUAACAGACUAUGAGAUCAACAUGACAAGGGAACAGUUCAUCUCAAAAUAUGGUGAGAACAUGAAAAGGGAAGACCUUGUUAUCAACAAAUCCAGGCGUAAUGAGCCCAGUGAUCAGAUUUAUGUUUUCUUUCCUGAAGAGCAGAAAGUUGGUGUCAAGACGAUGAAGACUUAUACCAAUCGCAUGAAAAAUGAGAAUGUUUACAGAGCGGUCUUGGUGGUUCAGCAAAAUUUGACCCCUUUUGCUCGAACAUGUAUAUCUGAGAUAGCUUCAAAAUUCCAGCUGGAGGUCUUCCAGGAAGCAGAGCUGCUGGUUAACAUCAAAGAGCAUGUUCUUGUCCCUGAGCAUCAGGUGCUAACAAAUGAAGAGAAGAAGACAUUGUUAGAGAGAUACACUGUGAAGGAAACACAGCUGCCUCGAAUUCAGGUGACUGACCCAAUUGCUAGGUAUUUUGGGUUGAAGCGUGGGCAAGUUGUGAAGAUCAUCAGGCCUAGUGAAACUGCAGGACGAUAUAUUACUUACCGAUUUGUUGUAUAAUUAAUUUGUUUGAUGAAUAGAAGGAAACUAGAUUGAUUCAGUGUUUGUAUUUUGAGCUUUAUUCGUGAUUCUGUCAAGAUAGUUAAAUCUUAGCUCAAAAGACUGGAUUUUGUGACAAUUAUUAACGAUGCUGCUCUGAGCAUAAUUAUCAAAUCUGAAUUAAUCUUGGUUCAUUUUGAUA